GUGCGUUUAGAAAUUGUUUGAAAAGUCCAUUUGGUAUUGAGCGACAACGAACACCUUGGAGCUACCGCUUAAAUGCGCAAACGGUUUCAGGUGCCAGCUGGUUCCAGCUUCUCGUUGUUGCUGACGUGGCAAAAUUCAUAGAAACGUUUGGGGAUGAAAACAUUGAUCGAAAUCGAACACCGACAGCAACAGGAUGCAGCAACAGGAAAAGCGACGCGAGCUGCGUUUAAAACGAUUCUGGCGCACCACAACCAAACCGCCGACGUCCUCCGAGGAGUCCGGCGGCUGCGAAAGUCCUACAAAACUCGGACGAAAGGCAUUCCAGCAGCCAUCCGGCCCUGGUACAACCGCCAGCAGCAGCAGCGAUAGUCCGCCGAAGCAUCCAACCUGCUCGCUACCGCUACUUCAGGUUUGGCCCAGCCAGGACUCACCCCGUGGCGAAGCAGACGGGCAGAGUUUUGUCUUUCCCAUCGUAACAGACGAUCAGCAACAAAGCACCAAUGGACGACGGAACUCAUUGUUCGUGGAUCAGCUGCAGGCGGGUGACUCUGGUAUCGACUCGGUGCAGGCGUCACCCUCACCGAUCGCUAUGCCCUGCCAUCCGCUCGUCGUAUCCAAUGCCAUCUCACCAAGUGCAUCACCUACGGCCGGCUCACCGACACCCUCAGUAGACCGAGCGACGAGACGUCCCUCGACUUCGUUGCUACAUCCGGACCAUGCGAGAAUCUUCGCACUUAGAGCACCCACCUCCCCCGACCAAGUGAGCCUGGCCAGCCUACCGCUGUUCGACAAUCAUAGGACAUCUUCCACACCACCCCAUCCAUUGCACACAUCGCUCGAGGACAGUACAGAGUUUAAUGGGGCCACUACCAGCAAUCAUCUCUGCACCGCGAGCUCCAGCACGACCUCCUCCUUGACAUCGGUAGCCGUUGCAACGCUUGGACAUCACCCUCAGAGAUCCUCCGAUCCUUGGCUACGACCGGAACGCGACAAAGACAACCCGGAAUUAGACCAACGCCGUGCCUCAACGAUGACGGCUCGACUGUCCCUGUUCGAUGCGCUUGAUCUGGAGUACGCUCUGCUGCGGGCUGCCGCGCGUGGCUCGGUCGGCCCAUACUCCCUCAGCGAGUCGCUGCACAAGCUAACCUUCACGCAGUCGCUCGCAUUCCCUGCGCUGGCCCGUGGUCUCGCCACCAAGCGACGCAACUCGACCGAGCAGAGUUCCUCCCGACCGCUGAACCCGAACGAAUCCGGGCUGAACACCUUCGCGAAGGUUGUGACCGCGUGCGUGCUGGUGAUGGUGAGCUUUCUCGUGUUUCUGGUAGUGUACAAGUACGUGCGGACGUGAGGUUUGCUCCUGGCCCCGACCGAGGUUGCCACCGUGCAGGCAACCACAACCAUCGCCACGACGUUUCAUCAGCACGUCGCGAACAAAACGAUGGUGUCGGGGUUCAGGAAGCUUUUCAAUAUUGAAAC